CUUUGUCCGAACAUUCGCUCGUGCUUAUUGGCUGAGCCGAAGAUGCUUUCUCAUUGGUUAUUUCUAUUUAAGCUUCUUUUAUUCGUCGAAGAUUCAGUCCGCGAUAGAUAUACGACUGAUACGGAAGGGUGAUAGUUCUCGUUCGUAAUUUUAUUGUUAAAUAUUUAAAAUAUGGUGAUUGCUAUAGGUUUCGAGGGUAGUGCGAAUAAAUUAGGUAUCGGAAUUAUACGUGACGAUGAGGUUUUAUCCAAUGUACGACGUACUUACAUCACACCACCGGGCGAAGGAUUUUUGCCACGUGAAACUGCGGAGCAUCAUCGAAAAUGCGUACUCGAGGUUCUCAAGGAAGCAUUGAACAAUGCGAAAAUUUCUAUGAAAGAGAUCGACGUCAUAUGUUAUACAAAAGGGCCAGGAAUGGGUGGUCCUUUGACAGUUGCUGCAUUAGUGGCUCGUACGAUGGCUCAGCUUUAUAACAAACCGAUUGUGGCGGUUAAUCAUUGCGUGGGUCAUAUCGAAAUGGGUCGUUUGAUUACCGGUAGUAAGAAUCCUACCGUGUUAUAUGUGUCAGGUGGGAAUACGCAAAUUAUUGCAUACUCUCGUCAAAAAUAUCGUAUAUUUGGAGAAACAAUAGAUAUUGCUGUUGGCAAUUGUCUAGAUCGUUUUGCAAGAUUGUUGAUGCUUUCCAAUGAUCCUAGUCCAGGAUACAACAUUGAACAGCUUGCGAAAAAGGGAAAGAAAUUAGCUCCAUUGCCAUAUGUGGUAAAAGGAAUGGAUGUAUCUUUCUCUGGGAUAUUAAGUCAUAUCGAGGAACACCUUUCUAAUUGGAUCAAGAACGAAGAAUAUACAUCCGAAGAUUUGUGCUUCUCUUUACAAGAAACGGUUUUUGCCAUGCUGAUCGAAAUCACUGAAAGAGCGAUGGCUCAUGUGGGAGCAAACGAGGUAUUAAUUGUGGGUGGUGUUGGAUGUAACGAAAGACUACAGGAAAUGAUGUCUAUCAUGUGCAAGGAAAGAAAUGCAACAUUGUAUGCAACUGACGAAAGAUUUUGUAUUGAUAAUGGCGUUAUGAUCGCUGUCGCGGGAUCGUUGCAAUAUAAGACCGAUGGUUCUACUCCUUGGAUCGAGACUACCUGUAUACAAAGGUAUAGAACUGACGAUGUACACGUUACGUGGAGAACAUAAGAUGUUGAAGUUGAAUAAAAAUAUUUUAUGAUUAUUUUA